AUGCCGCCUAUCACAUGCGUGCGGUGUCAGACAAACAAGGCAGUUGUCAAGCGGCCAAAGAAUCACCAUAAGCUAUGCCGCGAAUGCUUCAUAAACGUCUUUGAGGACGAGGUGCACCAUACCAUCGUCUCGUCCAAGCUAUUCUAUCCCGGAGAAAAGGUCGCUAUCGGAGCAUCAGGAGGCAAGGACUCGACAGUUCUGGCGUCUGUUCUCAAGACGCUCAACGAGCGCCACAAAUAUGAGCUCGAUCUCGUACUUCUCAGCAUAGACGAAGGCAUCAAAGGCUAUAGAGAUGAUUCUCUGGAAACAGUGAAGCGAAAUGCAGUUCAGUACGACAUGCCUCUGAAGAUUGUGGGAUACGAUGAACUCUAUGGCUGGACCAUGGAUCAGGUCGUGGAGACGAUUGGGAAAAAGGGCAACUGCACAUACUGCGGUGUCUUUCGUCGACAGGCGCUGGAUCGGGGCGCAAAGACGCUGGGGAUCAAGCACGUCGUUACAGGCCACAAUGCGGACGACGUUGCAGAGACGGUCCUCAUGAAUCUCCUUAGGGGAGACUUGCCUCGACUAUCACGAAGCACCAGCAUUGUCACCGGAGGCUCGCUGAACGACGUCAAGAGGAGCAAGCCACUAAAGUACGCCUACGAGAAGGAGAUUGUGCUCUAUGCGCACCACAAGAAGUUGGAUUAUUUCAGCACCGAAUGCAUAUACAGCCCCGAGGCAUUCCGGGGCACCGCGCGAAGCCUCAUUAAGAAUCUGGAAAAGGUUCGGCCAAGUGCAAUAUUGGAUAUCGUCCGGAGCGGCGAAGACAUGGCUCGUCUUACGCCGGACAAGGGACAGGGGGCGUGCGCCUGUGACGAGAGCGAGGGGAUGGGUGGUUGCGGAUCAGCCAACGCUCGAACAUCCGGGAACGAGCUGGCGCAGAUGGAGUCGGAUAUCAAGAAGCAGCACUCGCACGAUGGUCUUGAGACUGAGAUCACUUCGGAUGGCACACCCAAGGCCAGUGGCGAUGAUGUGGUAAAGCUCCCUGUAAGGCAGCGCCGCUCCAAAGACCCAGGCCCUGUCCAGUUGCAGACGCUUGGGAAGUGCGUCAAGUGCGGCUACAUGUCCAGCCAGUCCAUGUGCCAGGCGUGUACCUUGCUGGAAAGCCUCAACAAGAAUCGGCCAGAGAUAUCAAUAGAGGGCUAG